AUGUUGACCGCCUUAUUGAAGACUGCAGUGGAAGAAAUCGCGUGGGAGGGCCCUCCGGGAGUUUCCUGGCCCAAACUCUUGGAGCGGCUCAAAGAAAGAAAGGCCUUGUGGGCAGAAGUCUCCUCCAGCAGCAAGAUUCUCCUCCGCGGCAAAGCCGGCAAGAGCGUGUCGGGCAGGGGAAGCAAGGUGCCAGAACCCAGCGCCAACCAGCAGAUUGUUUUAGAUGUGCCACAAGAGGUGCGCCAACGGCUGCUGUUGCUGGAUGCCCACCCGGACUUAGCCACCAACGAGCUCUCCGUGAAGGCGCUUCAGUUGGUGGCGAAAGCCCGGCAGAGAGGAUGCUCUGGGGAGAGUUUGUCUGCCCAGUUGGGCGUGAGCAGCCGGGAUUUGUUUUAUCCAAUGGAAGGCUUGAGAACUGCGGGCCUUUUGGUUGGCGUGGUUGCACUGCACACAGGGAAAGAAGGCAAAGAAUCUUCGGGCGCGAUUGCGAAGGACGCCGAUGCUGCCGAAAAAACAAGAACUCUCCGGGUGUCCCACUCAGCGUCGCCACUGGCCCUGGGUGCAGCUGUGCAAGCGCAAGUCCACGGAAACCAUUUUGUUUUCUCCCGUUUCUUUGAUCCAGACAACGUGGAACAGACCCAGAUCGAGGUGCUCCUUCAGGGUUCAUCUUCCAGGCUUAAAAACCAAAUUUUACAUGCGCUGAAGAUCAACUCCUCAGUGGGCUUUGAAAAUGACCUACGCUCGGUGCUGGCGGAAUCGCUGGAAGAGACCUCACGGCCCGGCAUGUCCCGUCGAACCGUCAGCAAGAUUUACAUGCGCCUUCGCACGGAACUCGUGGCCUCCGGAGAUGUGGAGUGCGUCCGGGUCUGGGACCAGCGCUCCAGGCACUUCCGGGACGCUCUGUGCAUCCCGGGCACGCACCAACCGGGAGGGGACAGCGAGAAGGAGGUGCCCUUAUUGGCCAUCACAGAGGGCCCAGAAGCCUCUUCGAGUUCGAAAGAUUCCCACGCGACGCCCGGUGUGGGCGCCAAUCACAUUCCCUCCGCGAGUUUGGAGCCGAUCCCUGCGAAAUGCUCCACACGGAUUAUGGAGAGGUCCUUCACCCAGCAGGCGGAGGACCUGGUCCGUUGUGGGAGCCGCUUUUGCAAUGGCAUCACGGGUCCUGAGAUGGCUGAGCUGCUGGACAUGCGCAAGAAGCACGCGGAGCGCAUCCAGAAUGACCUGGUGAAGCGGCGAAGAAUCACCCGUGUCUUCGAGAGUGAUGGCAAAACGCAUCUCAAUCGAUACUUCACUCCGGGAGCUUCCCAGAUGCUUCCCUCGAAGCGGCCUCCACCUCCGGGAGCGACCUCUACUCCGGCCAAAGCGCUGCGGACGGAGGGAGGAAAGCGGAUUGAUGCGACCUUCGUACGGCGAGCAGCGCAUGUGGAAGGCUUGUUGAAGGAGCACGAGAUCCUGACCAUCGUGGAAUUGGUCCGAGUGGCGGCUGAGGAUGAGGCACUGGGAAACAUGGACCGGAAGACAGCCAGCAAGUUGUUCUUCCAUUUGAGUGAGACCAAUGGACAGCAAGUGGGUUUGAGCCUGGAUGCGGGCAACAAGGUCCGCUUUGUUUAUUGGAAACCCAAGCUCACCUUGGAGCAGGCCACGAAAAGGCAUGAUGAUGCAGUCAAGGCCAUUGAGCACUUGCGUUUCCAGAAGCUCCGGACGUCUCAGCUGGCGAUUGCCAACGAGCCGCACCUGAAAGAGCAGGCCCUGGCCUUGACUCCUGCUAGCCGCCAGAAGUUGCAGGCACAGGCGAAGCGCCGCUGCUUGCCAGAGAGCGUCCACGCGCAGACGGUGCGGCGGCUGGGCCGAGUGGAUUUGUUGACGAUGCCGGACAAGGCGGUAGACCAGAAGAUUUUGCAGCACUAUGGCUAUCACAGCGGAAAAGUGGCACGAAUUCAACUCUUACAUGGAAUGCUCAUUCGGAAGGCCAAGGGAAAUUGGAGUGCUCAGUGGACGCCUUCGAAGAUUGUGGAAGACAUGGACCUUGAGGUCUUCUUGCAAGUGAUCGGCUGUGGAAGCUACAGCACCGAGCUCGAAGAUCUACUGCUCAGUGGGAAGAAUUGCUUGGUGCGGGAGGUCCCAGAUGAGCUCCGCUCUUUGUUGUUGGGCCGCACCGUCAGCUCCGGGUCCUUGCGCGCGCUACAUGCGGUGCGACGGCUCAUGCGCUACGUCACGACCUUGGGCUUGGCACAAACCAAGGGGAACGAGGAGUUCAGCAAUGCAGUCCAGAUCUUCUACCAGCUCAAUCGCCACGUCGAGGUCUCCAGCUUUACAGAGCGGGCACCGGGCGUGGCGGGCGCCUCACCGCUGGUGUACCGCUUUGAUUUGGCUCAGCCGAAGCAGGUGGAUGCGUACUGGACGUGCUUGGAGCAACAAGUGAAGCAUUGGCUUGGACACGGACGAAGCGGUGGCCAAGGAAGCUCCAGUGAGAAGGAGCAGAAAGACAAGAAGCAAAAGGAGAAGAAAAAGAAGGACAAAAGGAAGGAGAACGAGGACAAGGAGGACAAAGAGAGGGGGGAAACGAAGGGGAGAGUGACUCCUCCGAACGGAGCGCCGCGGGAGCUCUUCAAUUUGAAGAACUGGAGUAAGUCCACUUGGCUUUUGCCCCACCAGCGGAUCUCGAUGAAUGACUUCUACAAUGAGGUGCUCUCAAAACUGGAGCAGAAAAGCCCUCGUGAGGGAGAGCUCAAGGCGCCCAGCCAGGUGUUGACCCCGAAGAGCGCCGAAAUCAUGGCGCUGAGCCGUCGGAUCAUGGUGGCACCGGAUCAGAUCAUCAAGUACUGCAAGAGCCGUCAGGAGGUCUAUGGUCCUCAUCCCUCGGAUGGAGGACCAUGCGUGGAGUUCUCUUCCCUGAUGGCCGUUCGCUUCAAGUGCCACCUUUGUGGGCAUUUGUGCUUCCAGCGAUGCAGCAUCAAUGAGCAUUAUUCGAAGAUCCACCAAGAGGAGCUUCCAAAGGACGAGAGCCUCUACACUGAGGCGGACUUCUACGCCCAGCGCUUGGAACAGGCGAAGCCCACACGCAAGGAUGGCAUGCGCCGCUGGCGGAGGAAGCGCUUGGCACCAGUGUUCGGCAGCCUGAACAGCUGGCCCGCAGCCGACGGAGCACGUAGUGACCAUGAGGCAGCUGGACAGACAGCUCACCGAAAGGAGGAGGCCUGGGGCGAGGAGUUGCAGGAUGAGGCGGCUUGGUUGCAGCUCUUCACCACGGCCGAGUCCAUGGCAUGCAUGCAGGCGAUUUCUGAGGGCGCCCCCACCCCGCCUGUGCGGCCCAUCGGUGGUGAGCUGCGAACGGAUGCCUCCACUUGGCCGCUGCUGGCACGGCUCAGUGGGCGGUCUGCACACUUUUGCCGCAGCGUGAUGCAUCGACUGCUCGGCCAAGAUGUGAAGAAUCGCCGUGCCGUGGCGGCGCUGCGCUCGUUGGAGAUGCAGUCGGAGCCUGGAUUGGUCGGAGCCAAGAGCAGCAUUGGCCGAGCAGUGGCGAAGUCGUUGCUCCUCACGGUGCACGAGGCGCCCUCACGGUGGUGGCGGAAUGACUUCCUGAACUCCGACGUGAGGGCUAUGAUGGAUUGUGUGAUCCGGCAAUGGCAAUGCGAUGGCAUGGUGAGCAAGCACAAGGAGAGAGAAGCGAAAGGAAUGAAGAUCUCCCCCAAGAACGCAAGGCCUCGGUGGAUUUUGACCUGGUCCAGCCGGGGUCGGCUCUUUGGGAGAGAGUCUGAGAUGCUGAAAUGGCAGGAGGUGCUCUCCCUCCUUAUUGGCUCCAAAAGCAUCGAGAAGGUCAUGACGCCCGAAGGCUCCAGUGGCCCUCAGCUUUUGGUUCUUUCUGGUGCCGCUUCUUUCGGCGAAGAACGCGGCGGCGCUUUGCACCUGCGGCCCACAUGGAGUGAUGGCGACUUCUACCAGAGGGUGGUGGAACAGCCGCCGCCCUGGCAGGUGAAGAAGCAGAUCGAACCAAGAGAGGAGGACGAUGAUGCCGACGUGGAGGAGGAAGGCGAUGGUGAGAAAGGUGUGGCCAAGUGUGGUGGGGUUGCCUCGCAUUUGAAGAUGACCAGUGACGAGCCCACACUCCACUCGAUCUCGGUGAACUACAAGCCCCUGCGCAGAGAGGCCACGACGGAGCUCUUUAAGUUUCUUCUGUUGAGCCCUGACGAGAUUUCUCGGAUCGUUUGCUUUCCCAAUGAGCCGCUCAACCCGCAGAUGUUCCUGUGCGGGGAGAAGAGGACGACGGGCGAUGGAGCAGAAGCCGCUGACGUUGAAGAGGAGGCAUCCGAAGAUGAGGUUGAGGAGGAAGCUGAACAAGCCGACGAUGGCACCACAGCCAAAGCAGAUGGCGACCCGAAGCCGCCCGAGUCGAGAACAGCGAUGCGGGCAGCCUUCGGCUCCUACGUGGAGAUGGUCCACCGAGGGGAUGACGCUUCCGGUCGGACGUCGGAGGUGCAAGAUCUGUUGAACGCAGCUGUUUUCCUCUUGAGAGCUGUGGCCGAGUCCAAGGAGGAAAGCGAGGAGAGCUCGUUGUUGCCUGGUCACAGCCUGCAGGAGCUCCAGGAUAUUUUCGACAAGAGCUCUUUUGGCUCUGUGACCUUUCAGAUGGCCUUGACUUGCUUAGAGGACCUCAGGCUUGUGGUGCCUUUUCCCAGUGGCUCUCACUUCCGCCUGGUGCUUGCCCGCCAUGCGGAACCCUACUGCCUCCGCUGGCAGAGCGAGAAGGGUCACGAACAGUUCUUAAAGAUGUUGGCCCAGUUUCACCAGGAGAGACCACUGGGCCGCCACUGGUUGCUGCCCUAUGGACGCCUUCUGAAUCUCUCCGCAGAGCUCAUCGCAGACGCCAGUGCCUGUGUGGCUCAGGCGUGUGAAGAGUGCUCACUCCGCAUCAACGGGUGGAGCGGGGUGGACCUCGUGGCGCCCUGCGCGUGGGUCAACGCCAAGGGCCAGCUCAACGUGCUGAUCUUCCGGUGUUUGCUUUCCAGAUUGCUGCAGCUACUCUUGCGGCAUCCAUGGUCCUCAGCCGCGGAGCUGAUUCAGCACCUGGCGACCCUGGACAUUUGCGAAGUGGAGUACCUCCUCCACUUUGCAGCCUUCCUGGGUGCUGUGGAGGUCCGCGAGCCUGAGACCGGCUCCAGCGGUGUCCCGCGCUACUGCUGUGCCGCGUUUGCCCGCACCUGCGCCGCGCUGUCGGCAGUGGCUCUACGACCCUUCGAGGCGGGCUUCGCACGGGUGGAGCCCAUGGGCGUCUUGCGCCAUGAGGCCAACACCAAUUACGUCCUCACGGUGCAUUUGAUUUUGGAGCUAAAAGCUCCUGGCUCUUAUGUCGCGCAUGUGGGGGAGCAAAGCCGCAGCUUGGAAGAAGGUGUGUUGGUCUUUGAUCCAAGCUACACCCACUCAAUGGAGAACACCUCCCAGGCCGAGCUGUUGGUCUUCUACUGCCACUUCUACCAUCCCGGCAUCAGCGAGGUGGAGCGGUAUGCCCUCCUGCUUUUGGCACAAUUGAUGGAGAUGCUUCAGAGUUCGGGGAUGGUGAAGGGCACCACACUGGCACCCGCCCGUGGGCUAUGA